AACUGAAAGGUGUAGAGUUCAGUAGCCGUAUAGCGGUAUAAGUGAACGGUAGUAUCCGCAAAUAAAGUGAAAAUUACAUUAAGUGUUUAGAAACGAGUUCUACUGCUAGCAAUUAAAGUAGUGUUAGCAUAAUAUUGUCAAACAUACAACAAAACAGUGUCUUCAAUAUGAUGUGGCACAACAAUAAAUUGUUUAUAACGAUCUUUGCCAUUUCACUGCUGCGUAGCUACGUAGCUGCACAAGAUACAAAUAUUAAUUGCUAUAGUUGCUACGACGCGGAUAGCUGCUUGAAAAACUUAGAGGCCACUGAUAUAAACACAUGUAAGGCGAACACUUGCUACACACAAAUUAACGCUAACCUCACCAUUUCGCGUGGUUGUUUGGAUGAUGACAAAGAAGUAGCUGCUUGCACGGCACCAAGCUGCGUUAGUUGUAGCGGUUCAGAAAAAUGCAAUAAUUUGAAUGUGUGUAAGUCUUGCAAUUCGGAUGAUGACCCAACGUGUGCCCAAACCGAUGCAUCAGCACUGAAUAAUGUUAUUUGCGAAAAAGCCGAUAGCAAAUGCAUGAUCAGGGUGUUGGAAAAGAAGACCGAACGUGGUUGUGUGACAGAUGAGAUCGAAAAGACAUGCACCGAUGAAAAGACAUGUCAAAUGUGUACCGGUGGCGCUUGUAAUGUGGGCAUAUUUCCGGAGGAUCGCCUUACAUGCUUUCAAUGCAAUGACACGGUUGCAGCUUGUGCAAAUGCCCAAGCAAGUAGCGGCGCAUUGCCAUGCACACAGUACGUGGCGAACGAUAGCUGUUAUAUGUAUGGCAGCGAUGAAACACAUGUGACACGCGGCUGCACGUCGGAUGUCGGCGAGCAGAAUAAAUGCGCAACAGACGAAGAAAAGUGCAGAACUUGUAAUGCAAAUGCGUGCAACAGUUACGGUUACCAAACUGAACAAUUGUUGGAGUGCAUACAAUGCUCGGACAAUAAUCUAUGUCCAUGGGGACACGAGACCAGCACGGCUAAGAGUUGCGAAAAACAAAUCCUAUACUCAGCCGAAGGUAAAUGUUACACGCGUACCUUUGAGAAUGGUACGGUAACGCGCGGCUGUUUCUACGAUCUUGAUGAUGCCGACCAGAAAGUGUGUGAAGCUGGUACAAAUUGUACAACUUGCACAACUGCGAAUGGUUGUAAUAACGCUGAUACACAAAAUUUCACCUGUAUUCGUUGCCGAAGUGAUGAAAAUGACAAAUGUCGCUACAAGUCGAAAGAAAUUGCCGGCGAAAAGUGCAGAAAUCUAGUGCAAUCAAAUGAGGACAUGAAAUGCUUUACCGGCGUUUGGAGAACCAAUUUGCUUAUACGUGGAUGCCUGAUCGAUUUGGAAGAUCGUGAUCAAUACAUUUGCAAUGACUCGGAAAACAAUAGCUGCCAAAUCUGUAACUCAACUAAUUGUAAUAAUGAGCCCAGCGGCGCUGCAUAUUUCCUCCUAACAAAUGGCUUACUGCCAGCUGUGCUUUUCGCGUUGUGGCGUAUGAAAUAAAAU